AUUCUUGCAAUUUAGUGUUCGGAAUUAAGAAAAGUGUGUGCUUUCCAUUUUUUGAUCUUUUCUCCUUUUACAUCAAGAAGAAAAGUCCAUUGACAGGAAAAACCCCGCAUAGUCACAGGGGUAGAUGUUAAUGUUCAGCCCUCUAUGCUCUUCCCCUUGAGUGAUAGAGUCCGCUGCAGAAAUUGAUCCUCAAUUUUUGAGAAUUGUAGCAUCUUUGUUUGUUCAUUUCGGUCAUUGAUUCCUUGAGAAUUUAGUUUGUGUUACUGGAGAUUUUUAUUUUUUUUAUUUUUUUUUUAUUUUGAAUUUUUGUGGGCCUUCUUGACUCAUGAGCUUAUUAUAGGCUGGCCUGCAUCGAGAUCUUCAUCAAAGCCGAAUAGUUCAAUUGCCCAUAUUUUGUUUAUACAUUAUAGGCAGGAGUGGGCUUCAAAUUGUAUAGAAAAUGGGGGUUAUGUCAAGGCGGGUUGUGCCUGCUUGUGGUAGCCUAUGCUUUUUUUGUCCAUCCUUGAGAUCAAGGUCAAGGCAGCCUGUUAAACGGUACAAGAAGUUCCUUGCUGAUAUUUUCCCCCGGUCGCAGGAUGCUGAACCGAAUGAUAGGAAGAUAGCAAAACUUUGUGAAUAUGCUUCAAAAAAUCCUUUGCGUAUACCCAAGAUCACUGAGUAUCUGGAGCAGAGAUGUUACAAGGACUUGCGGCAUGAGCGUUUUGGCUCAGUAAAAGUAGUUUUGCUUAUCUACAGGAAGCUGUUAUCUUCAUGUAAGGAGCAGAUGCCACUAUUUGCUAGUAGUUUACUGGGAAUUGUACGGACACUUUUUGAACAGACACGGCAAGAUGAAAUGCAAAUUUUAGGGUGCAGUGUUCUUGUUGAUUUCAUAAACAACCAGACUGAAAGUACAUACAUGUUCAACUUAGAAGGUCUCAUACCUAAAUUGUGUCAAUUCGCUCGGGAAGUUGGAGAUCAUGACAGAGCUUUAAGGUUUCGUGCUGCUGGAAUGCAAACUUUGGCUGUUCUGGUACGCUUCAUGGGUGAGCAGUCCCAUAUGUCGAUGGACUUUGACCAUAUAAUUGCAGUGACAUUAGAAAAUUACAUGGAUCCUGCAAUGAAGCCCGAAAAUGAAAAAGAUGGUAAACAGCCCCAAUGUUCAGAACAGUGGGUUGAAGGAGUUCUUAAAGCAGAGGAGCACAGCUCAUCUUUCCCUGAUCUGAGCAAGAAGUUUUCUUCCUUGCCUAGUCUCAUUAACACUAAAGUAGAUACAUCUACACUGGAUACAGCAAAAAGCCCAUCUUAUUGGUCCAGAGUUUGCUUGCAUAACAUUGCCGUACUUGCAAAGGAGGCAACAACUAUUCGUCGGGUUCUUGAACCUCUAUUUCACAGUUUUGAUUCUGAAAAUUAUUGGUCCCCACAGAAUGGGCUUGCCUGUUCAGUACUUCUGUAUUUGCAAGCAUUGCUUGAGGAAUCAGGUGAAAAUUCCCAUAUUUUGUUUUCUGUGGUUGUCAAGCACUUGGAUCACAGGGAUGUCAUCAAACAACCUGACCUACAAAUAAAUAUCAUCAACAUUAUCACAACUCUGGCAGAAAAUGCAAAACAGCAGGUUUCAUCAGCAAUUGUUGGUGGAAUAAGUGACCUGGUUAAAUAUUUAAGGAAAUGCAUGCACUACUCAGCUGAGCAGUUGAGUCCAGGAGAUGGAUUAGAUAAUGGGAAUUAUGAUAUUCAGUCUGCAAUAGAAAAUUGCAUCUUGCAGCUCUCAUAUAAGCAGGUAGCGGAUGUUGGACCCAUCCUUGAUAUGAUGGCUGUUGUGCUGGAGAACAUCCCUACAAGCACUGCAGCAGCUAGAGCAACGAUCUCUGCUGUUUAUCGAACAGCACAAAUUAUAUCUCCCAUUCCUAACAUAAAAUAUUACAGGAAGGCCUUUCCAGAUGCUCUGUUCCACCAUUUGCUCUUGGCGAUGGCACACACUGACCAUGUAACACGAGCUGGCGCACAACAUAUCUUCUCCACUGUUCUUAUGCCUAAUCAGUUAUCCAGCCACAGUAGAAAUAACUCCUUCAGUAUUUUGGCCCAAUCUCCGAGGAAUUUGCCAAAAGAUAGAACAAGAAGCUUUUCCAUUACAGAUGGAAAUGCAGUUGAAUCUGGAUUAAGGGAUGGUGAAAUGAGAGGAGAGAAUCCUAACAUGGAUGUCCUGCAGUGUUCCAGUUCUAGAACUGUUGAUCAAUCUGUUAGCUUCAAGGGUGCUGUUACCAACAGGAAACCAGAGCUUACUUCUCUUCGACUAAGCAGUCUCCAAGUGAGUCUUCUGCUUUCGUCUCUCUGGCUUCAAUCAACAAUGACUGAGAACACUCCUGUAAAUUUUGAGGCCAUGGCGCAUACAUACAAGAUUGCUUUACUCUUUACGCGAUCAAAGAAUUCUAGCCAUAUGGCCCUAGUCCGGUGCUUCCAGCUGGCCUUCUCUCUUAGAAGCAUCUCUUUGGAUAAAGAUGGAGGCCUACAACCAUCUCGAAGACGGUCUCUGUUUACUGUGGCAUCAUACAUGCUUAUUUGUUCAGCCAGGGCGUGGAAUAUUCCAGAACUAAUCCCUUUUGUUAAAUCAUCACUGACAGAUGAAGCAGUGGAUCCUUACCUUAAAUUGGGUGAAGAAAUUAAGGUUCAGGCCUCAUUUACAGGACCUGGUGGUGAAGUUGAAGGCUAUGGAACACCGGAAGAUGAAGUUGCAGCUUUGAGAUCCCUCUCUGCAAUAAAAUCGGAGGAUAGACAGUUGAAAGAAAUUGUUAUAUCCAACUUUACAACUACUUAUGAAAAAUUAUCAGAGGAUGAGUUGUCAGGGAUGAAAAAGCAACUUUUGCAAGGCUUUUCCCCAGAUGAAGCAUAUCCAGCAGGAACUUUGUUCAUGGAGACUCCAUAUCCAUGUUCUCCGCUUGCCCAGAUAGAGUUCCAAAAUUUCGAUGAGGUUAUGGAUCCAGCUCUGUCAACAGAUGAAGAAGCAGUUCUGGAUCCAAGUGGCAGCCAAUCUGGUCGGAAGUCGUCUUUAUCCAUCAAUUCACUUCACGUUUUGAGUGUCAACCAGCUUUUAGAAUCUGUUCUAGAAACUGCUCGACAAGUUGCAAGCUUCCCAGUUUCCUCUACACCAGUACCUUAUGAUCAAGUAAAGAAUCAGUGUGAAGCCCUUGUGACGGGUAAACAGGAAAAGAUGUCAGUGCUCCAGAGUUUCAAGCUGCAACAGGAUGCAAAGGCAGUACUCUUCUCAAAUGAAACUGAUGGGAAUGUCCCUCUUUUAACGAACAUAGCAUUGGAGCUUUCAGAAGAAGUGAAAGCAGGGAGCAUUGUACCCAUAAAUGGGCAAAACCAUCUUUCUUGUGCACUGGAAAGUGGGCAGCAAUCCUUUCGACUACCACCUUCCAGUCCGUACGACAAAUUUAUGAAAGCGGCUCGAUGCUAAAGAUAUACCUGUUAUAUAUAUAUGCGGUGUGCGUCUGUCUCAUACAUGUAAGUAACUGUAUGUUCAUAACUUGUUACUCCCAAAGAUUUCCAUACUUUUUUGAUUCUUUAUACCAGGUCUUAUGUUAUUAAGGCUUUCUGUCUUUUUAGUACAUUUAUUGUCUUCCACAUCAUGUGUGGAAUGGGCAGGCUGGAAAUAAAUGUUGGAAAGUUGAUUUAUUCAUUUGCAGAAACAUCAGUAUUGUUGUUUUCCCCUCAAUUUGUGUUACUGGCAAUGUAACUCCUAGACGACCCUAAUUGUAUACUCUAGCCACCAGGCUUUGGAGAAUGGAAAUUUACAUUAACAAGAAUGCCCCACACCCCUUUUCUAUAUGA